UAUGAAACAAAUCCCCUUCACCGUGCCCACUCAGACCACAUCCUUAGGAAGGAGGAUAGAGAGGGGGUCGUCCGAGGAGUUCCGGCCCGGGGAGGGGGCUUAUCGGAACCCACUUCACCGCUCAACGUCAAACGGCCUUCUGUUGAAAUACCAGGUGCCUAUGCUUUGGGAUCUAUAGACCCCAGUCUAUAUAAAAUUGUGGAUGAGGAUGAUGAUUAUGAAAUCCCUUUGGAUCAUAUCGGGAGAGUUUGGUUUGCUGUGGAGUAUGAAAGAGAGACAGAAAAACUGCUGGUGACACUCAUGAAGGCAAAGAACCUGCCGACGCGACAAUAUGGCAACAACAGCAGUUGUGACCCAUUCAUCAG